AUGUUCUUAUCGCUUUUAAAUACUCGGAAUUUAGUAAUCAUGAAGCAUUGGUCGAGUGAACAGCGUGCGUUUGCGGUAAAAGCGUAUUACAAAAGUAAUGAUAGUUUCGUAGGAGCUCAACGUGCGUUUCGCCGACAGUUUGGUUUAUCUUCUCGCAAUCCUGUGCCUUCUCGUGGUACCAUCGACCUGUGGGUAAAAACUUUGAAACCACAACUAGCACGACUCAAAAGAGAGGUGGUAGUAAAAAAACUAGACGGACUCAAGAAAAUGUGUUCGAAAAUAAUCCACCAAGGACUAUUGUUGACUUGA